AUGCUUAGUGUUGUAGUGGCCAUAACAUCACAAUACUUUAGUGAGGAUUUGUGGAAGACAGUAUGGGAAGUGAGGAAUACGAUGUUGGAGGAUAUGAAAAAGGAAAGAAAUAAGGAGAAAAUGAAGGGUUUCUUACAAUAUGAGGAAGUGUGUAGGUUCAAAUGGGCUCAUGAGAAAAUGAAAGAGAGUGACUUUUAUGAGGGUUUGAAUCAUUUUAAAGAAGAAGAUAGAGCCCAAGAGAAAGUAGAAAAGGAGGGUAAUAAUGCAAUGACCAUGGGUGAACAGUGUCGUGACCACGAUGGGCUGAAGUUGUUGAUAAAAUCUAUGAGGCGUAAGAGCUUGAUUGGCCUAAGGAACCAAAACCUAUAUAAAGGAAAUACCGACUAG